AUGCCUUUAAACAAUGCAGUUGUGUUGAAGUGCAUCAGACUUAAGUGUGAACUGAUGCUGUUCAUUCCAUACAACCAUGCAGUGUGCAUCUUCUAUUUGGUUCUCCGAGCUCUGGAUACUGUAGAAGAUGACAUGACUAUCAGUCUUGAAGCUAAGGUCCCCAUGUUACACAAUUUUCACUCCUACUUAUAUCAGCCAGACUGGAAAUUUAUGGACAGCAGAGAGAAGGACAGACAAGUACUAGAAGACUUUCCAACGAUUUCCCUGGAGUUCCGGAAUUUGGCAAAAGUCUAUCAAGAUGUGAUUACUGACAUUUGUCACAAGAUGGGUCUUGGUAUGGCAGAGUUUUUGGAAAAGAAGGUGAAUUCUAACAAAGAGUGGGACAAGCAAAAAUAAUUCAAGGAAGGAAAUUGUACAGUUUGGCAGCUGCAGCUUUUAUGGACUGAACUAGAUUUUUAAAAGCAUCUUAAUAAAGCUCUGAAUGUUCCAAU